UGUCCAAGCAGUUUCAUUCGUAAAGGUUUUCAUUUACAGUGCCGUUGUAAAAAUGUCGCGAUUUUCUUACUUGAUUUUUUUAUGCCUUUUAGCUUUGGUACAUGGAAACUUUCCCGACGAUCCUAAACCGUGUAAAUAUGGUGAUACUAAGUGUAUCGUGAGCAUUAUCAACCGACUUAUCAUUGAGAAAUCUGAAACAGGAGAUUCUGACAUAAAUAUAGUAAAGUUUGAGCCAUUUCCGGUAGACAAACUAAGCAUACGAAAGGGCGCUAACAGUCCUAUUAACAUCAAUCUGGAACUGACUAAUAACUAUAUAUAUGGUCUGAGUACGACUCGAAUUAAAAGUGUCAGAGGAUUUGGCAAGGAUCUGACUAAGAAACACGAGCUGCGAAUGUUUUCACCUAUACUAUCCAUGGUUGGUCCCUACAGCAUCAAUGGCAAGGUCCUUAUACUGCCCAUCACUGGCAAAGGAGAAUCCAACUUUACCUAUGCCAAUACUGAAACAAGAAUGAGUUUCAAAGGACAAAUCAUAGAGCGAGAUGGCGAGAUUUAUAUGAAGCUUGUCGAUUUCGUUGCAAAUUCUGUCCCUGAGCGCGUAUAUUUUAAUUUUACUAACCUUUUCAAUGGGGACAAAGCCUUAGGAGAUAAUAUGAAUGCUUUUCUCAAUGAGAAUUGGGAGCCCAUUUACCUAGAGGCUAGACCGGAAAUCAAGGCUGGACUUCAGAAAAGAUUUCAAGACAUUAUAGAAAACGUCUUCUCAAAGAUUCCCUAUGACAAGCUUUUCGUCGAAUAAUUGAAAAGAAUCACAAUCGGCAACAAAAAUAAAAGACAUAUUCAACCCAAUAUCAUAAUACAGCUUGACGAUAAAUUCUUAUUGAUUUAAAUGAGUGAAUGAAUUUCCAAUAUUAAAUGUGAAAGUUCAUGUUCUAUCUGAUAACUUAACGUUCAUUAGAUUAGCUUAAGUUGAAAAAAAAAACAAAAUGAUAUAGAAGAAAAAACCAGAAUAUUCACGCACUGACAAUUAAACCAUCAAUAUGUAUUUUCUUCAAUUCUAAAUCUUAAUGCAAACUUUGCUCUAAGCAAUUUGUAACUGCUUAUUAACUAUUCAACAACAAAAAAAAACUAAGAAAAUGUUAUUGCUAGAAUAAAUUACACUGUUAUUACUUAAUAGGAGCUAUAAAAAUCACUUAAACAUUUAAAUUAUUCAAGUUUAUUGGCCUAGGCAGUACGAUGGGAAUAAUAUGUCAUACUGAAGGCCUGAAUUAAAUUGGCCUGAUUUCAAUAAAAAUAAAUUUAUUUUAAACGGC